AACGCCUUGCGCAGGCCCCGCCUCCAACCUCGCGAGAGCCGAGAGACGGAAAAUGGCGCUGACGUGAGCGCGAGCUCGCAUUGCCCAGAGGGUGGCCGCCGCCUAAGCUGGAGCCGCCGAAGCCGCAGGAACAAGAGGCCGAGCCGUGUCGAAGAUGGAGGAGAAACCCUCAGGACCCAGCCCAGACAUGCCGGCCACUGCAGAGCCCAGCUCCAGUGAGACCGACAAGGAGUUGUUGUCCCCGGCUGUGCCAUCUGCCGCCACCACCUCCUCCAUGGCGGAGGAGCCGGGCCCUGAGCAGGCAGCCACACCACCAGUGUGGGAACGUGGAGGGCUUGGAGGGAUGCAGCAGGGCUCCUCCCCAGCCCCAGACAGCUGCCAGCCUGGCCCCGGACCCAGCCCUGGCCCGACCAGCAUAGUCUCCGGGACCAGCGAGGACCUGCGGCCUCCCAGACGACGCCCACCUCCAGGGAAGCAAAUCCCUUGCUCCAGCCCUGGCUGCUCCCUCAGUUUUCCCAGCGUCCGUGACCUGGCACAGCAUCUUCGAACCCACUGUCCGCCCACACAGUCCCUGGAAGGCAAGCUCUUCCGCUGCUCAGCCCUGAGCUGCACCGAGACCUUCCCCAGCAUGCAGGAGCUGGUGGCUCACAGCAAACUGCACUACAAGCCCAAUCGCUACUUCAAGUGUGAGAACUGCCUCCUGCGCUUCCGCACGCACCGCUCGCUCUUCAAGCAUCUACAUGUUUGCGUGGAGAAUGCGCAGAGCCCAGCCCCGCCACCACCCCCGGCCCUGGACCGAGAGCCGCCGGCGCCCGAGCGUCCCCCGGAGGUUGACCUCGCGUCAGCGCCGGGCCUGCAGUUCCCGCUGCUGGAACCUUUCACGACCCCCGCCCCUGCCGCCACCGGACCGUUCGUGCCCUACUUGAUCCCUGCGCCCUUUGGCCUAAGCCCCCCGCGCCUGUGCCCCUUCCUGGCCGCUGCACCCGGGCCGCCGGCUUCCAGCGCCGCCGUCUGGAAAAAGAGCCAAGGUGCUGGCAGCAGCCCCCGAAGACCCCAGGGCGGCUCCGGCGCGCCCUCAGGGGGCCACAAAUGCCACCGUCCCGAAAUACAGAAUUUUUGCCUUAAAAAUGACUGGCACCUGCGCCUUCAUCUGCGCCGGCGUUCCCGUGUAAACUUUGCGCCCCUUUCACCGUUCACCUCGGAGCGGGCUUCUCCCCGGCGGUGGAUCUGGGGAUGGUAGUAGGGGACGCGGAAAAGCUAAGUUGGGUGCCCCCAACUCUGCGGGCAGACAGACCCAGGUGAAACUGAACCAGGCGCCCGGAAGCUGAUGGGGGGUGGGAAAAGGUCCCACCCACCCUCGCCGGCGUCUUCCAUCCUUAGCGCACGGGUCUUCUGGGUUGGGGGAGCCCGGGACUGACCGGGUCCCGCCUGCCCGCAGGGCACGCGGCCCCGAGCCGCAUCGUGUGGGAGCACACGCGCGGCCGCUACUCGUGCAUGCAGUGCGCCUUCUCCACGGCCUCGCGGUCCGCCAUGACCCUGCACCUGGAGGACCACCGCCCCGGCGCCCCCGCGGCCCCCGCG